AUGGCUACUGACAGGUAUCAUCAGGAGCAGAAUCCUACUGAUAUAACAUCUUCAACAAAUUAUCAAUUAUAUGAUAUUGGAUUAGCUGUUGGAAAGAUUUUAGAUGACGAUAAAAAGCUGAAAUAUUUAAAUGAAACAUGGAAGCCUCCGGUGCUUAAAACAUUCGUUAAGGAGCCGUUGAUUAAGUUUAAGAAAGCUACAGAAGAACUAAAUUAUCACCAAACUACCCAAUACCAUCAAUUUUCUGUGGAAAAAGCCCUGCAUUUUAAACAAUCCAUGGAGCCUAUUCCUGGAAGUUCAGUAAGUCAUGUUGGCCUCCUGAUAGACGCUAGAAAAGCCUCUAUAUUAGAGCAAAAUUUAAAACGCUUGAAGCCUAUAGUAAAAACCGUACUGUUUUGUGCCCAUAACAAUCUGCCUUUGAGAGGUCAUAGGGAUGAUGGCAAUUUGAACAGCAGGGAAGAGCAAGAAAAUGCAUUAAGAGGAAACCAGGGUGUUUUCAAAAGACUGUUGGCUUUUAGAAUUGAUGCUGGUGAUGAAUAUUUGAAAACGCACCUUACCACUUGCAGAAAAAACAGUACACAUAUCAGCAAAACAAUCCAAAACGACAUAAUCGAAUGCAUUGGCGAUUAUAUCCGUUCGGAGAUUACGAGUAGUAUACAAAAAGCCAAAUACUUCUCAAUAAUAUGUGAUGAAACCACAGAUGAAAGUAAGAAGGAGCAGCUUACGUUUUGUGUGCGAUAUGUCGACAUAGACAGUUUCACAACCAGGGAAGAUUUCCUUGGAUUCGUGGAACUCAAAGCGACAACUGGUUUAUCGAUUAAAUCCGCAAUAGACGAAGAACUGACAAAACUGAAUUUGUCUUACAAAUACCUCUGUGGACAAGGCUACGAUGGAGCAAGCAACAUGUCUGGGCCAUUUAAGGGCGUUCAAGCUCUAAUUUCCGAGCAGCAACCCCUCGCCAUUUAUACUCAUUGUUUCAGCCGUUCCCUGAAUUUGUGCAUCACAAAAAGCUGCCAAAUUCCUGUUAUAAGAAACGUAGUGGGAACAGUUGAGACUGUCUCUGUGUUUCUCUCGGCUUCUGCGCACAGAACAAAUGCAUUAAUCGAUGUUGUAGAAAAGCAAGACUUUUCGGAAACUAAAAAAAAAGAGAUUGAAAGCACUUUGCCCUACACGGUGGGUAGAAAGGCAUGA